AUGUCCUCCCCUUCAAAGCCCUCUGGCUUAAACAGCCUACCCAAUGAACUACUCCUAAAAAUCCUGGAGCAAUCUCCGGAUAUCUCCACUCUGUGGAGCCUCAUCAACUCCUCUGCACGCUUGGCCGCACUAUUCCAGGCUCGGGCGCUGGAGACCGUCGAAGCCGUGCUCGAGGCCACUGUCCCUCUACAAUCGCGAAUUCUCAUGCGGGCGGUGCUGUCCCUGCGCGCCGGAACCAGCCCGUGCCAGGACUAUUAUGACGCGAUGGAUUACCUGGUAGAGAAAGACGGGCCUUGGCCGCCAGUGGUCGCCACCGCGGACAUCGUCCGGGAGUUCGUGCGGUUCGCAUACCAGGUCCAUCUCUUAGCCCAUUGGUGUCUCGAUUCUUGUCUCGAGCACUGCCUUUCGCGUCCCCUGCUCUCACGGCGCCAGUACUCCCCGACAUUCCGGCAGCCCACGUGGACGGAGGAGCAGCGCACGAUUCUCGCGGUUUGGCGGCAUGUGUGGUACCAGUGCCUCCAGCGUGCGGGCCGCCAAGGGUCGCUAGAGUGGAGUCCCGCGGACCUCGACCGCUUGGCGACAGUCACCCCCUUUGAAUACCCCAUCCCUUCCUCCGGUAUCUACCAGGUCUUGACCGUCAUCGACUUUUUGAGCCGCCACGCUGCGGCUGGAUCCGACUCAACCACGGGUCUGGUGCUCCCAGUUAUCCCGGCACACUUCAGGUUCGGAUGGCCGUGUGCCCCUGCGCCCUAUGCCAGCGCCUUGGCGCAAGACGUUGAUGGGCUAAGUGCUGCAACUAAGCCAGACGAAGGAGCUCUCCAGCUGGAGGGCAAAUUAGACGAGGAAGGGGAGAAAGCACUAGCGACUGAGAUAGCCCGGGCUGCGGCCCCCUCUGCGCCUCCCCCUGAGGAUGAAUGCCGUCCGUGGCCGCCAGGCUACGUCUUUCGACCGGUACGAGAUUAUGGUGUACGACCACCCGCACGCGAAUGGCAGGAUCUAGAUGUGGAGCCCCUCGGGUUCCAGUUUUGGCGCAGUAUGAUGCACAAUCCCCUGGGUGGCCGCGGCAAGUACAUUGCACUGCGAGCCUAUCUGCCGUACGGCUUAAUUCUGUGGGAGGAGCAGAGGAUCACGGCUAUGGGACUGUGGUCACCACUGGGCGAUCCAUGUGAUUACUACCGGCGGUGGUAUGCGUUGUUAAGCGAGGAGGAGAUACAGCAGCACAAGUCGAGGAUUCCUUUCUGUGGGGACAGGGAGUACUGA